UCGGUCGCUGCAGUCGACCGGUGACUGCAACUUUCUGGUGUUUGAUACAUUCACGAUAGGUACUGUUUAGAGCAAUAGAAGGCAAUAUGGACCUGACGAUUCACGGAGUCAUUUUAGUGGCUGCUGCAAUCUCUGGCGUUGUUGGUCAAGGUUGCUUUAACACUCUAUGCUUGAAUGGAGGGACGUGCCUUUCAUCUGGUGACUGUGAAUGUCCACCUAAUUACACGGGUGACAUUUGUCAAACUAUUAACUUAUGCAGUUUAUCACCGUGUCUGAAUGCCGGUACUUGUACACUUUCCGAAGACGGAUUCACCUGUACCUGUCCUUCAACUCACGUCGGCUCCCGUUGUGCUUCGUACCCAUGCGAUACUAAUAUAUGCUUUAAUAAUGGAGUUUGCACGACAACGACAGACCCCGGUGGUACUCUCGAUUUUGUGUGCAUGUGUCCUGCGUGCUUCACAGGCAUUCAAUGCCAGUCAUCCUUAGCCGCGUGUUUUACAAAUCCAUGCCAAAAUGGAGGACAGUGCUACGAUGGCACGUCGUGCUCGCUUCGUACAUGCAUUUGUUUAACUUGUUUCCAUGGAGUAGACUGCGAAUCACCAAUCAACGUAUGCUCGACAAACCAAUGUUUAAAUGGAGGUUUUUGUCAGCCUGAUGCUGUAAACUGCCGUAGUUAUACAUGUGCAUGCCCGUCCUGCUUUAUUGGAAACAACUGCGAGACAGCGGUUCCUAGCCCUUGUAGUAAUCACCAGUGUCAAAACAAUGGAGCAUGCGUAGUUAAUUCACAAUGUUCGGAUUAUUCGUGUGUUUGUUCGAGUUGUUUUACUGGAGACUACUGCACCAUACCCACUACUAUAUGUGCGACUUCCAACCCGUGUUUAAAUGGCGGUAAUUGUCAGAAUAUUGCUGGUGAUUGCAGUAGUUACACGUGCGUCUGUCCUACAUGCUAUACUGGAACGAACUGCGAGGCAGCCCUUUCACCGUGCUCCGUAUCACAGACACUGUGCCUAAAUGGUGGUAUUUGUGUGAAUGACCCAAACCAGUGCAACAGCUUCAGUUGUGUUUGUACUUCGUGUUACACCGGAUCAUUCUGCCAAGACGCAUUGGCUGUGACUUCUUGCGGAGACAUAGUUUGUCAAAAUGGCGGAUUGUGCCAGAUGAUUGGAACGUGUUCAGAAGCAAUCUGUGUCUGUCCGCUUUGCUACACCGGAAACCUUUGUCAGACGUCCACUACUACGUGUGCGACAUCCAACCCGUGUUUAAAUGGUGGUAAUUGUCAGAAUGUUGCUGGUGAUUGCAAUAGUUACAGCUGCACCUGUCCUUCGUGCUUCACUGGAACUAACUGCGAAAUAGCAUUGGCUGUGACUUCUUGCGGAGACAUAUUUUGUCAAAAUGGCGGAUUGUGCCAGAUGAUUGGAUUGUGUUCAGCGGCAACCUGUCUCUGUCCGCCUUGCUACACCGGAGACCUCUGCCAAACGUUGAUUGACCCUUGUGAUGGUAGUAUGUGUUUAAAUGGAGGCACUUGCAGUGUAGUGGCUGGUACUUGCUCAGAGCACUCAUGUGCCUGCCUUCCAUGUUAUACGGGAUCUAGGUGUGAAGAAUUGAUUGAUCCAUGUCAGGAUAGUAUGUGUUUAAAUGGCGGUACAUGCACCGUAGUGGCUGGUACCUGCUCAGAAUACUCAUGUUCAUGCCCUCCGUGUUACACAGGAUCCAAAUGUGAAGAAUACAUGAACCCGUGUGAUCCGAACCCUUGUCAAAAUGGUGGAACGUGCGCGCGUGACAGCUCAUGCCAAUCAUUUGUAUGCUUCUGUAGCAACUGCGUCAGCGGUGACCUUUGUCAAGAUAUUGCAAAUCCGUGUGCUAAUGUUGAAUGUAAUACAGGCGUAUGCAUCACUGACGGUAAUUCAUGUAUUUCUACCGAAUGUCUGUGCCCUGAUUGCUUUAGUGGUGAUUCUUGCCAAACAUUUACUGGUCCGUGUGAAGUUAAUAGGUGUUUGAAUGGAGGCGUUUGCCAACAAGUAGAGGGCAGCUGUGACUUUUUCCUGUGCACGUGUUCUGGUUGUUAUACUGGCGAUCGGUGUGAAUUCCCUGUAGCAGAUCCGUGUGAUAAUCAUAACUGUCAGAAUGGUGGUGUUUGUGUACGUAAAGGAAAUACGUGUACAGAAAAAUCGUGUGCUUGUCCAGAAUGCUACACUGGACCACUUUGCGAAACCCUUAUAAGCGGAUGUUUCGACCACCAAUGCCAGAACGGUGGCCAAUGUUUACCAAUUCAAGGAACGUGCAAUCAAUACGUGUGCCUGUGCGCUGACUGUUAUAGUGGACCAAAGUGUGAAAUAGCCCGGAGUGAUUGCAAAGAAGAUACUUGCAAAAAUGGAGGAACUUGCAUCCAGGGAUUUGAUCCAUGUAGCUUUCCAUCAUGCACCUGUCCGCCAUGCUACAUUGGACCUGAGUGCCAGACAUAUUUGAAUCCAUGUGAUGGCAUCACCUGUCAAAAUGGAGCGCAGUGCGAGUACACGGAAGGCGCUUGCUCAUUCAGUUGCAGUUGUACAGGAUGCCACACAGGGCAGUUAUGCCAAACUGUCGUAGAGGCGUGCAGUAACAAUUUGUGUGAAAACGGGGCAGCGUGCAUAGCCCAGCUUGGAUCUUGCACUGAAUAUACGUGUUCGUGUCCAGUUUGCUACUCAGGACAAUUCUGUGAUCAAAAACUUGAUGCGUGUAUGACUCUCAAUCCAUGUGACAAUGGCGGGAUGUGUGUUGCUGUGCAAAAUGAUUGUGCGGCAUUCACGUGUGCAUGUCCGAUGUGUGUCUCGGGAUUUACCUGUAACGUCAGUAAGCCCUCCAACAUGGCGUUGGUGGCCUCACUAAAACCAGCCAAUGAGAAAUCCAGCUAUUACAUGUUUGAUCCUUGCCUCGCUAACGUCUGUGAGAACGGAGGAACAUGUGUGUCCAACGGCUGUACGAAUUACAUCUGUGACUGCCCGAAUUGUUACCAGGGUGACUAUUGCGAAACACGAGUUGAUUUCCCGUGUGAUAUGAAUCCUUGUAUGAAUGGUGGAGUAUGUACCAAUAACGGUGUGUGUGGAAGCGGCCAAUAUUCCUGCAACUGCACUUUUGGGUUCACGGGAAAGGAUUGUGACAAAAAUUCAGUUAUAAACAUUGAUAGUUGCACCAGUUCUCCGUGUAUGAACGGAGGUUCAUGCAUGUCGCUCUCCGACGGGUACUAUACUUGCCUAUGUGCGCCAGAUUACUCAGGAAUCAACUGUGGUAGUUUGACUGCCACCAAUCCGAUAACAAAUGACGCUUGUUCUAGCAACCCGUGUGAAAAUGGAGCAACUUGCCGGAACAGCUAUCUAAGCAGUAUGGGUAACUCGGAGUUCUAUCAGAAGCAGUAUGCCUGUAUCUGUCCGCAAGGCUACACUGGGAUCAACUGUGCUUCAUCAACACUCAAUAACCCGACGGAGGACGUCUGCAGCGAAGUACGUAUGUGUCAGAAUGGUGGCGUAUGUCACAAUCUAUUCCAAACAGAUCUUCCUGCAAACAUGCAUUAUUUCUGCAAAUGUCCUGUUGGCUUCAUUGGUCAACAAUGUGAAACUCCAUAUUCGGAUCCGUGUAACAGUUCUCCGUGCCUGAAUGGAGGAAUGUGUUCAUCUACCACCACCUACUUUCAGUGUGAUUGUCUUCAGCCCUUUGGUGGCAAUACGUGUUCUAAUUUUGUAGGGUCCCUUGUAGGCAGGAAAAGGAGAGAAGUUAACGAUGUAGCAACAGCCGAUGUUUACUAUUCUAGAGAGAAUUUAAGGACUCCUGAGACUGACAACAACUUGAUGAUCCUAGUUAUCAUCUCUCUUAGUCUCUUUUCUGUGAUAGCACUGGUUGCAAUAGCGAUAUCAUUUAAGAAAUAUCACCGAGAGAUCAACAAUACGGAGGACAUGCCCGUCUUUCUAAAGAAAUACUAACACUCAUACGCACUACAGUAUACAGACACAUACCAAACACAUACAUAAACAUACAUGCAGAAAUGCAUACUUUAGUUACAUGAAUGUCAGUCACUAACAUUGAAACUGACUGGCUUUGUGGUCACAACCCCUAUAUGGUCAGAGAAUAUUAUAAACAAAAUAAUAGGCCUAGAGUAAUGACAUCCUAUACGGUAAUUAUACCCAAGCAGACCGCAAUAGUAAAAACUAUGUUACAUAAAUUUACACUAGCGUUGUUCCACGCAUGUGUAAGCGUUUGAAAAUUCAGUUGCUUAUAACCAGAUUUGAAUUCCCAACGUAGCCCCAAUGCCCAAGUUGGUUAAGGCGUCUGCAUAGAUCGCAGAACGUCCCGGGUUCGAAUCCCGGUUCGUAAAUUUUGUUUCAAACUCGCACUCUAACGUUAAAAAUUAUAUAUUAACAGUUCAUAUCUACUCUAUCCAUAUCUAUGUAGACUCUUAGAAAUCCAAGUAAAAGCUAUGAUCAUUUUCAUAUAACCAUGUAAUGAUGAUGAAAAAUGCUCUAAUUGUUAGAAAACCUGAUUCACAAUUUCUGGAGUAUGGCACAUACAACUAGUUAGUUCACCUGUGCUCAUUAUCUAUAUGGAUCGAAGCAAACAAAGCAAUCCUUCCGAUUUUUUUGUUAAGGUAAUGGCAAUUGAAUACUUAGCAAACGUUUUAGACAGGAAUGUAGAUUAAAGGUAAAUCAAGUUUAGAUUCAACACCAAGAUGUCACCAGUGAAGGAUUUGCUUUUGGAAGAGUUUAAUGAAUAAUAAAAUUUGAAUGUCCACACAGACUACCACACACACACACACACACACACACACACACACA